GAUAACUGAGAAGGAAAACGAUUCCGUUAGAUUGACAACUCGGUCGCCUCGACUCGGUUCCUCCCACUCUCAAAGGCUGCAGAAGCCAGCCUCCAAUGGCUUCCCUCCACGCCAUUUCUCCUCACAGCUUCCUCCCUCUCUCCAAUCACAGAAAUGCUCCCACUUCAAAGAGCCUCCCCUCUUCUCAAAUCCCUAUUAAGCUCCUUCGAAAUCCGAUUUUCUCGAGAAACAAGCAGGUAGCUGAUAGCUUGGUGGUGAACUCGAUUGUUCGGGACGAAUUCGAUGUCAUCCCAGUGCAGAGCGGGGAUAGCACGGACCGGCUAGAAGGCAUGGCGGCGGUGGGAGGCCAAGUGGAGAGAGAAGGCAGCGAGUUGGUGGCUCAGGUGAGCGGGUUCGGAGCGAGCGAAGGUCAGUUGUCGCUGGAAGGCUUCUCCUCCGUUUCUGGUUCCAUAGUUGGAGGUGGUGGUGGUGGCGAUGGGGAAGGGAAUCAGAGGGAGAAGGAGCUGGAAAUGGAGCGCCUGAUUGAUAGCACGAUUAACGCCAUGAUUGUUCUUGCUGCCGGCAGCUAUGCUAUUACCAAGUUGCUCACAAUUGAUCGUGAUUACUGGCAUGGAUGGACCCUUUAUGAGAUACUAAGAUAUGCGCCUCAGCACAACUGGUCUGCCUAUGAGGAGGCUCUAAAGACAAACCCAGUUUUGGCAAAAAUGGUUAUUAGUGGAGUGGUGUAUUCUUUGGGAGAUUGGAUUGCACAAUGUUUUGAAGGUAAACCACUAUUUGAGUUUGAUCGCACGCGCAUGUUCAGAUCAGGCAUUGUUGGUUUUACGUUGCAUGGCUCUCUUUCACAUUACUAUUACCAAUUCUGCGAGGAGCUAUUUCCAUUUCACGACUGGUGGGCGGUUCCUGUCAAAGUAGCCUUUGACCAAACGGCCUGGUCUGCAGUUUGGAAUAGCAUCUAUUUUACUGUGUUGGGAUUCUUGAGGCUGGAGUCUCCUCUCACCAUUUUGGAUGAACUGAGGGCUACCUUUUUUCCCAUGCUUACAGCAGGUUGGAAGCUGUGGCCAUUUGCUCAUGUUAUAACCUAUGGUAUGAUCCCGGUAGAGCAAAGGCUUCUGUGGGUGGAUUGUGUGGAGCUCAUUUGGGUGACAAUCCUCUCCACGUAUUCGAACGAAAAGUCAGAAGCUAGAAUAGCAGAGGUACCAGUUGAAGGCAGUUCCAGUUCCAGUUCUGCACCAGUCACCCCCCACGACCACGAGGAAUAGAGGAUCAGGAGGGAGUCAACAAGGUAAGAAGGGUUUCUAGUAUCCAAGUUGAGACUGAUGCUUGCUAGAUGAGAGAUUGACUGGGCAAGUAAGGAGCUACAGCUACUCCCAAAUUGGAAAGGAUUGGGCUAUCUCGGUUCAGAGAUUAUACCAUACAACGGCAUGCAUCCCAACUUGCCCAAUACCGGUACCCAUACCCGCUGCAUAUAUCUGUAUAUGUAUGUUUUGUAUAUCGGGUGUUAAAACACUCUGUUCCUUUUCGUGGCAUAUCUACGUUCCCUAGAAAUCCAGAUCAGAAGAGAGAAAAAAAAGAAAGAAGGUACAUAGCAUACCAAUUGUAGUAGUAUUGUGUGUGGCACAAGUAAAGUGGAGAAAUCCUUUGUUGUUAGUGUAAAGUAAUAUGCAAGCGUAUUAACUAGCAAGCCAUUCCAAGAAACAACGAAUCUUCAAAAUUCGGAAUGACAUAGAUGUAUCUGCUCUGACUCAAAUUGUUGGGAGAAGAUUAUUAUGAAUCUUAUACCAUUCUCUUACCGUUAAUAAUUGACAUGUUGGAUUUUUCACAAGCUAAAGCAGUUUCUUCCGCAAUUAAGUCACUUGGAAUU